CUAUAUAGAGCGGUGGCGCGGCGCUGGCAUGUUACUCCUGCCGGUGCUGCGACCAUGGAGAGGCGAUCCGUGCUCCUGCUGGUGGCGGUGGUGGUGGUGGCGGGGCUGGCUGGCAGUGUGGGUGCCGCUUGUCCCGGUGGCUACCAUAUACUCCCGUACGGCGCCUGUGUGAAGCUGUUGCCCUUGACUGGACCCUCCCUUACAACCUGGGAAGAAGGGAACGAGAAGUGCAAGAAGGAAGGUGGUCGGCUGAUCUCUCUCGACACCCCAGAGAAGUUGGAACAAUUCGCGGCCACUUUAUUUGAACUGGGAGACUCCUUCUACGGGUUCCCUUACUGGGUUGGUGCAAAGAAGACUGAGUCAGGCUGGCAAUGGCUCAAUGGAAAAAAACUGUUCUCCAGAUCACACAUGUGGCUCCCAAAUGAACCCGCAGAAGGCUUUACCCACGCGCAGGUCAUCUCCAUGACAAACAACCCGCGCUACUACCUCGGUGCCACAGAUCACGGCCGGGGCUCCGCGUGUGAGACAGAUGAAGUGUAACAAAGGACCACAUUCUGAAACACUUCUGACCGCACCUCAGCUGAUUUCAAAAAGCUCUAGUUGAAGUGACAUGGGUUUUUUAUUUUUUUUAUUUUUUUAUUUUUUUUAUUUUUUUAUGGUUCUAGUGUGUGAGAGUAACAAGAUUUGUACAUUAUGAACAGGAGAAACACCCUUGAUGACCCAGCCAAUCAUCUUAGUGCCCUUUAAAAAUAGUCGUGGUGAGAGAGCAAAGCAUUUCUGAUUGCGGGCCGAAGUCCUUGUUAACUUGCUGGGAAGGUUUGGCAUGAGCGAUGUGUGUGUUGCCUCAGCGGUGUUUGGGAUGAAGGUCCGUGUAAAGAGUGUUGGUGGGCGUUCAGGAGGAAGGAUUGUUGCAUGUGUGUAGUCAAUAAACAUUUCAAUCUUCACAUCUAUCUCAA